AUGUCCAGAUCUGGUGUCGCUGUUGCAGACGAAUCCUUGCAGGCUUUUAACGAUUUGAAAUUGGGCAAGAAGUACAAGUUCGUUCUGUUCGCUUUGAACGACAGUAAAACCUCCAUUGUUGUCAAGGAGACCUCCACGGACCAGUCUUACGAUGCGUUCCUGGAGAAGUUGCCAGAAAACGACUGUUUGUACGCCAUUUACGAUUUCGAGUACGAGAUCAAUGGCAACGAGGGUAAGAGGUCCAAGAUUGUCUUCUACACCUGGUCCCCAGACACUGCACCAGUGAGGUCCAAGAUGGUGUACGCCUCGUCUAAGGACGCAUUGAGAAGAGCCUUGAAUGGUGUCUCUACCGAUAUCCAAGGCACUGAUUUCGCUGAAGUGUCUUACGAGACUGUGCUGGAGAAAGUCAGCAGAAGUGCUGGUUCCCACUAG